CCCUCCUGGUAAUGCUCUUCACAGAAAAAGCUCCACCUGUUUCUCUGCAAAUCCGCCAUUCUCUCUCUUUGUCUCUCUCUCUCUCUCUCUCUCUCUCUCUCUCUCUCUCUCUCUCUCUCUCUCUCUCUGUUUCUUACAGAUACAGAUGAUCUGCAUUUUCAAAACCCAUUUCUAAAUCUUAGUAUUUCUCUCUCUUCCCUCAACAAUGGACGGUGGUCUCCCCGAAGAUCUCUCCGAUUCCACCCAGCGCCCAGAAUCAGACAGCGACCAGCGAGUCUACUUUGUUCCUUACAGGUGGUGGAAAGAUGCACAAGAUUCAGUUUUGGGGGAUUCAGACGGAAAGAGAGGGAUUCUGUAUGCUGCAUCGUCGGCUUCGUUAUAUGCAGGUCCCAUGAAAAUAAUCAACAACAUCUUCAAUUCGGAUCUUUUGUUUAAUCUUAGGAGAGAGGAGGAUCCUGUGCAGAAUUCUGAAAAUGGUGAAGUGGGUGUCUCUGGACGGGACUAUGCAUUGGUCCCGGGGGAAAUGUGGGUACGGGCACUCAAAUGGCACAGUGAUUCAAAAUUUGCAAUGAAGAAUGGUAGGAGCUUCUCAGCUGCGGAAGAUGACAUGGCGGAUGUCUAUCCUUUACAACUCAGGCUAUCUGUUCUGCGAGAAACAAAUUCAUUGGGUGUGAGAAUUAGCAAGAAGGACAAUUCCAUUGAGCUAUUUAAAAGAGCCUGCAAAAUCUUCAGUGUGGAUUCUGAUCUGUUACGCAUCUGGGACUUUUCUGGGCAGACAAACCUAUACUUGGUAAAUGACAAAAAUAAGUCUCCAAGGGACUGCCAACGGCAGUCCGAUGAGAUUUUACUGGAGUUGCAAGUCUAUGGAUUGUCAGAUUCCAUUAAGUGUAAGGAUGGGAAAAAAGAUGACAUGGUGUUACAAAAUUCAAUGGUUGCAAAUUUUUCUUCUGGUGCUUCAAUUGCAAUGAAUGGUACUGCUGGCAAUAUGAACUCUAAUGCUAUUCAUGCCAAUUCAUCAUUAUGGGGAAGCUCUUGUGAAGCUGGCUCUUUGGGGUUGACCGGAUUACAAAACCUUGGAAAUACUUGUUUCAUGAACAGUGCACUUCAGUGCCUAGCCCACACACCAAAGCUUGUUGAUUAUUUUCUUGGAGAUUAUGGUAGAGAAAUAAAUCAUGAAAAUCCAUUGGGAAUGGAUGGUGAGAUUGCUUUAGCAUUUGGCGAGCUGCUAAGGAAGUUGUGGGCUCCUGGUGCAAGUCCAGUGGUACCAAGAGUGUUCAAGUCAAAACUUGCUCGAUUUGCUCCUCAAUUUAGUGGCUUUAAUCAGCAUGAUUCCCAAGAGCUUCUGGCAUUUUUGUUGGACGGAUUACAUGAAGAUCUCAACCGUGUGAAAUGCAAACCUUACAUAGAAGUUAAGGAUGGAGAUGGUAGACCAGAUGAAGAAGUUGCUGAUGAAUAUUGGGGAAAUCAUUUAGCUCGCAAUGACUCUAUCAUUGUUGAUGUCUGCCAAGGUCAGUAUAAGUCGACUUUAGUUUGCCCUGUUUGCAGAAAGGUCUCUGUUACAUUUGAUCCAUUCAUGUACUUAUCAAUACCAUUACCUUCAACAACGAUGCGGACGAUGACUAUAACAGUCUUAAGUGCUGAUGGAAGUUUUCAGCCAUCUCCAUAUACCAUUAAUGUGCCUGAGCAAGGAAAGUUUCAAGAUCUUAUUCAGGCACUAAGCACUGCUUGUUCUUUGGGGAACAAUGAGACUUUAUUAGUAGCUGAGAUAUACAACAGUCACAUUAUACGUUAUCUUGAGGAGCCAAAUGAUUCAUUGUCUUUAAUUAGAGAUGCUGACCGGCUAGUUGCCUAUCGGUUAAUGAAAGAUAUUGAGCAAUGCCCUUUGGUUGUGUUCAUGCAUCAGCAAAUGGAAGAGCAGUACAUACAUGGGAAACUGACUUCAAGUUGGAAAACAUUUGGGAUUCCUCUUGCAUCAAGGCUAUGUGAUUCGUCUAGUGGUUGUCAUAUCCGCAAUCUUUAUUUAAAAUUGCUUAAUCCAUUUGAAAUACACGCUAAAGAUGCCUUAGAAGUUAUUGAGCACUCAGAGAUUACUGCACUUGAAGAAGUUACAGGAACAGAGGAAACCAUUACUCUUGGUACCAGUCGAGUUGUAAAACCCUGUUAUGAAAAUGGGGCUAACUCACCUGCAGAUGCCGAAUUACAGUUUUACUUAGCAGAUGAUAAAGGAACAAUCAAGGAAUCAAAGAUAGAAAUGAAUGAGCCAGUGGUGGUGAAGGGGGUGUCUAGGAGGUUGAAUGUGCUUGUUUGUUGGCCAGAAAAAAGCAUUCAACAGUAUGAUACUUGCCUUCUCAGUGCAUUGCCUGAGGUUUUCAAGUCCGGCAUUUUUGCAAAGAGACCUCAAGAGUCUGUUUCUCUGUAUAAGUGCCUUGAAGCAUUCUUGAAGGAGGAGCCUCUUGGACCAGAAGACAUGUGGUACUGUCCUGGCUGCAAACAGCAUCGGCAGGCUAGUAAAAAGUUAGACCUAUGGAGACUGCCUGAGAUCUUGGUGAUUCAUUUAAAGCGGUUUUCAUAUAGCCGGUUUUGGAAGAAUAAGCUAGAGACAUAUGUUGACUUCCCUGUUGAUAAUUUUGAUUUGUCAAAUUACAUUGCGCACAGGAAUGGCCAGUCAUGUAAUCGUUACAUGCUUUAUGCAAUUAGUAAUCACUAUGGAAGCAUGGGAGGUGGCCAUUAUACUGCAUUUGUCCAUCAUGGGGGUGACCGGUGGUACGACUUUGAUGAUAGCCAUGUUAGUCCUAUCAACCAGGAGAAGAUAAAGUCUGCAGCUGCUUAUGUUCUUUUCUACAGAAGAGUUGUGGAGGGAUAACCAAUGAAUAGAGACAGUUUAUUGAAAACUGUGUUGAAGUUGAGACAUCAGAUGAGCAGUUUUUUGCCAUCCUAGUUUUUACGACUUCAGCUACGAAGAAUCACAAAAUUCUUUUAUCUUUGGCGUUCUUUUAAGCCAACUGAGUUUCCUCCAUCUUCAAACUCGAGGAAAGAUAUAUCUGAUGGAGAUGGAGGAGCUGCCAAUGAAGAAUUGUACCAUAGCAACAGAUGAAGAUAUGAGAGACGUUUGAGGAUACUGCAGUACCUGUAACCAUUUGUCAUAGGAAAUUUUCAUUAACCAGAUUAGAAUCUUCUGAUGGGGUUUUUCCUAACCCUUAUUAAGAAAAGUGUAAUUUUUCUUUUCCUAUUUUUUUUGGCCCCCCUAUUUUAAAUAUUUGAUGAACAAUAUUGAUUUAUUUGAUAGGCAAGUCAUGAAUUCUUAUUUGUUGUUUACUGAUCUUAAAUUCGUUUAGUGGUAUCUUUUCUAUUUGUGGGUU